UCCCCCGCCCGCCGCGCUCCCGGCGGAGGCUCCUGGGAGGUGCCCGCGGAUGCUGAGACCCGACUCUGACGUUUGGCGAAAGCGGUAGGCGGCGUUCCUUGCUGCCGAGCACUGCGAUCCGCUUAGCAUCGGAACACUCUUUUUAGACUUGGACAUGGCAUCCUCCAAGAAGGUUACCCUGUCGGUGCUCAGCCGGGAGCAGGCGGAAGGGGUCGGGGCGAGGGUCCGCAGAAGCAUCGGCAGACCCGAGUUGAAAAAUCUGGAUCCAUUCUUACUGUUUGAUGAAUUUAAAGGAGGUAGACCAGGUGGAUUUCCUGAUCACCCACAUCGAGGUUUUGAAACAGUAUCGUACCUCCUGGAUGGGGGCAGCAUGGCCCAUGAGGACUUCUGUGGACAUGUUGGUCAGAUGAACCCAGGAGACCUGCAGUGGAUGACCGCGGGCCGGGGCAUCCUGCACGCUGAGAUGCCUUGCUCUGAGGAGCCAGCCCACGGCCUACAACUGUGGGUCAAUCUGAGAAGCUCAGAGAAGAUGGUGGAGCCUCAGUACCAGGAACUGAAGAGUAAAGAAAUCCCUAAACCCAGUAAGGAUGGCGUGACAGUUGCAGUCAUUUCCGGAGAAGCCCUGGGAAUAAAGUCUAAGAUUUACACUCGCACACCAACCUUAUAUUUGGACUUCAAACUGGACCACGGAGCAAAGCAUUCCCAGCCUAUUCCUAAAGGGUGGACAAGCUUCAUUUAUACCAUAUCUGGCAAUGUGUAUAUUGGGCCUGAGGAUGAGCAGCAAAAAAUAGAGCCUCAUCACACAGCGGUGCUGGGAGAGGGUGACAGUGUCCAGGUACAGAACAGGGAUCCUGAGAGAAACCACUUCAUCCUAAUUGCUGGGGAGCCGUUAGGAGAACCAGUCGUCCAGCAUGGUCCGUUUGUGAUGAACACCAAUGAAGAGAUUUCGCAGGCCAUCCUUGAUUUCAGAAAUGCAAGAAAUGGGUUUGAACGAGCCAAAACCUGGAAAUCAAAGAUUGGAAACUAGUGAAGAACACAAAAGUAGAUCUCAGUACUUUCUAGAAUUUUGCCUGUUGUGGCAUCCAUCCACUCAGCAUAGUCCAUUCCCAAAGCUGACUUAGCCAGUGCUUCUAAAGAAUUGCACACUAAAGUGAUAAACAUGGUUUUUAUAGCAACGCACAUGAGAUAUUUGCUGGUAUAUGCAAAUAAACCUAAU